CAGCAAUGCGAGUCGGUACCAUGACUUCAAUUCAUCUCACUUACCGUCUUUAACUCACGUGAGAAUCCCGUACCAAUCUAUACCCUUCCAAGCAAUGAUUCGCAAGUCGCCGUUUCGAUGAAAAGCAGAGGCAUUCCAGAGUCGAGCUCUUCCAUUCCUCCUCGAGUAUGCCCGCUUCUCUUAUCACGACUCCUCCUGAGCUCUUAGAACAAAUUGUCCUAAUUGCAGUCCGCCAGUAUUACCAAGGCCCUCCCAGCAUUUUGCGCUCCCUACGGUUAACGUGCCGCAUGUCCAACAACGCGCUUUCACCUGAAUCCAACUCAUAUCUGUACUUCAUGUUGUUCACGGACAGAUUUGACAUACCUUCUCCUUGGCGGCAUUUUUUGGGCGGUCAACCCACAGUUGACAACAUAGAGCGUGAGUUGAGGAAACGUUUUCGAGCACUCCAGCGCAUUCGGAGAGGCGAAAUUGAUGAUCCUGACAUUCUGGAAUCCCUUUCUACCAUCUAUAUCAUGAUGCUGGAGGAUGAUGGUCGGAACUGGGACCAGUUGCUUUGGGCACAACUUCCCCUGUUCAUAACGCGCUUCCUUCGGGAACGAUUGAUGGUGGGUGCCGAGAUCAACAACGGCUGGCCCAAAGAGAACGAGGUCAACAUGUUGGCGGUAUCCAUCUUCUGGUUAAUGUCUCGCUCGGAGUCAAUACGUAAUGAAACAGAUGAACUCAGAAGAGAGUUUGUGGAGCUGCUAUCACCAUACUCUUAUGCUGGGUUUCGAUAUCCAUGCUUCACUGGACUCGAGUAUGAUUUCUGUCCUUCGGAAAACUCUCACAAGACUGUCGUUACAUCUGCUCAUGGGGUCUAUCCUCCCGUUCGCCCGGUUUCAAUCACCGUGGACUACUUUGGGCGUCCGGUACCAUUCAAUCUUCCACCACUCGCACCAUACGCUAUUCUCGUUCACUUUUCUCGUCUGGAGACUCGUCCUCUUAUGAUCCCUCUACAUUUACCGGAGACCAGAGCCGAGGCGAUGGCCAAUGGAAUUUCAGGGCCAACAAAGGAGGACAUAGUAUACUUUAAUUCUCAUUGCAAGACACACUUUCCAGGCACAGCAUACGGCAAUCGCUUCGACACUUUACUCAAGAGCCGCCGUCACGACCCAGACUGGGCGCGUUCCAUUCGCGAUCCUCUCUAUCGCUCCCCUUCUUCUUUACCAGGACAGUAUAUCCCUGGCACAAUUUCCGGUCGGUGGCAGGGGUCUUUCAUUGCCCCAUAUCAUAAUGUCUACAAGGAUCUGCUGUCAUCUCCCACUGCUCCAUCACCCUUUCCAACUUUUGGCCGAUUCCCUCUUUAUGUCACGUUCAGAGAGCUUUAUUGUUACUCCCCAUCUAUUCCCCUUCCAUUAGAAGAGAACGAAGGAGUGUUUGAAAAUGCUUUUUUGCCAAUCGGUUGUCGAUGGCAUGAAACUGAGGCUAGAGUUGAAUUUACUGGAGAAAACACCUCGUUCAAGGCCUAUUAUUCUCCGCCGAGGCAAGGGCAUCUUGAAAUUGGCUUUGUUGGGUGUACUGCCGGCGAGUCGAAGCAUGGUGCUUUCGAUGUCAUUAUCACAGGAGUGACGGAAGAUCGCUACGCGGCUGCUUGGGGUGGCUAUCGUUACAUGGGACGAAUACGACCCUCAGAUGGUCUGAUCGUUCUGCUCCGUGAACCACUAGACCCUCAGAUGGUUGAACUUGGGCGAGCGUUAUUUAGAGGCUACAUUAUCUCGUCCCGCAACUUCGUGGGUCGCUGGAGACAUGUAUCCAGCGGCGUUCAUCCCGCUGAAUGGGAAUCGAUAUUCAGCUUGUGCAAAGAUGCUACCGUGUCAUGGGAAUAGUUGUCACAGAUUAUAGUCUUCCCCGCCAAUAUGAUAUUCUGCGCUCUUGUUAAAUGUAUAUAUCGGCGUAAUACCUAGUACGUUUAAAUCGACUUAAUUUCUCC